AUGACCGCUCGGCAAGCUGGGCGGUUCGUCCCGUUGCCGGUACUAGAGACGGAGGUGGAGGAAUUUCCGCAGAUGCGACUACUGGUUCCGGGGAGAAGUGAUGCGUCUGGAACGUUUGAUGUGGGUGCAAGUUUUCAUCAGCCUGCCGGUCGUAGUUCUGCACGCAUGUUAACUGGCACGCACGGCGAGCGAGGAGGUCAGCGUUUCCUAAGCAGUGCUGCAGAGUUGCCAGGAGCCGAAGUCGUCGGACGGCAACAUGGAGAGAGAGAUGGCGAGAGCGUGGGCUUGGCUGCGGCCAUCAGCCGUGCCGACGACGACACAGAUGUCGUUGCAAGUCACGCAGCUAUCAUGGGAGUUAUCUGCGCAGGUUGUCCAGCUGCGGAUGGCGGCCAAGGGAGUGGAGAACAUGGUAUCGCCGGUUGCGAUGCCAAUGACGCCGCUCCCGUUGCACUUUUCGCAGCUGUCGCGGCUAGAGAGUAUGAAGAAGAAGAAGAGGCUAGUUUACGUGCGGCCCCCGGCGCAGUCUGGACAAGUCUGCCACUCGACGCCGUCGGAGGGAGAGCUGACAAUCUUUGGAGGUUGUUGAUAGAAGAAGAAGGUGUCUGUGUAGUAGCUGAUAGAAUGGGUGAACGAAGAGGACUGUGGAAUGUGUCUGAUCUUCGGGACAGAGUAUAUAGAAAGAGCAGUCUCUUGAGCGGGUGCCUGCUAUUUAGAAGUGUCGUAGUUGUUAAUGAGAUAGAAAUCCUUCUCGGCACGGAGACCACGACCUCUUUAUACUUUUCUCUCUCUCUCUCCCACCAUGCCCUCAGCCGUGAGCAGCCAGCACAGCACACAUGCCUAUUCUCGCUUCUACGAUCAUUGGCUGACUUCCACUUUGGUCCUGUUGCGAGAAUCGGAUCUAGCCAUUGGACCAAAACCCUUCCUACGUUGAGAUUCCGAGAUGGUCAGAGAGACCGAGCAGAGUCGAGUCGCUUCGCAGCCAGCGUCAACACCAGAGAUGCACGUCGCGCGCUGCAGACAAGUGCUGCACCACGUUCCGUCCAGCCCUCUGCCUUGGGCCACCCAGCGGAAUGGAGACGAAGGGAAAGGCGAGUCCACAGAUGUCUCGGAGCUCCUGGACGGCGUGUGAUUCGAAAAGUACAGCAGCAGAAGGGUCCUCCCGCGGAAGCAGGAUCUUUUAUCCCAGAUCGACAUUGGCCCGUCAAACGGCCUCGGAUCAACCCGCAAAGUGACAUCCAGUACCAAGCCAGCACUGCUGGUCAGGAGACACUCUCUCGCCCGCCCCCCCCGUCAGAUAGAAGCCCAACCCGAGCUGAAAACACUGCGGCAAGGCCUCCGACCCUGCGUAUUCUCGGGCAGCAGGAAGCAAAGGCAGGCAGGCAGGAUAAGGCCAGCAUAUAUCAUCCGUCACAAAAUCAUCGUUCUCCCGAGUCAGGCACAUUGCGACAGAAACACGCCAUGGAACGCUUCCCAUGGGCCAGGUGUCUUCUCUCGGGCGCAGAGCCCGUGCAGGAUCGACCUGGACUUGGGAAGGGAAGAGGGAGGGGGAGGGAGGCAUAUCCCGAGUAUGCCACUACUCAGGCCCAGGAACAGAAAGUACAAGGUUGUGAGCUGAUCGCUCAUGAUACUCAGUUUCAGCUACCGCAAUAG